UGCAGGAAUACCUUUCUCCACUCAUUCAACAAAGAGGAACGACUGAUGUUGUCAGUGAGCAGUCAACCGGAACUAUAUGAUAAAAGUUCAUAUUUCUAUUGAGAAUGAGGAGAUGCGUCACGGUAGCUUGACUAAUUGAGCCCGUCCGCCAUUUUGGGAGGAUACGCUAUCGGUUGCCAGGGGCAACAGCGUAAGAGCGAUACAGAGACGGAUACAAAUUGUAACGGAUAUACGGAUAGAAAUUACGAGAAAUUAUAUAAAUAAAUACAUAUAGAAAUUAAGAAGAAAUGGAGAAGAAUGCGGCAAAAGAAAAGGGUCCUUACAGGGAGAAACUUUCUACCAAUGCCAAACAGAGGUAUUUAGAGAAACUGGCUAAUAUUAAAAACGUCGACCCAUACGAGCUGCCUGCAAGUGAAUGGAACAAAGACCUAGACUCUUUACCACCAUGCACCAUGGAAAUAGUUAAUUACUUGGUUUUUGGCAUCAGUUAUUACACUAUGCUAGAAUUCAAAAGUGUUACGUCCUGUGGACGUAUUUGGGGAUUGUGCGCUCUUGGGAGAGUGACUUCACCUACUGGGCAAGUUCGGCAUUGCAUGUUUUCUUCUCUUGCUCUUUCUGUCUCUCUCUCCACUAUAGAUCGCUAAUUGGAUUCCAGCUGAUGUCCAUCAUUCAUCAGUACUGAGUGAAUGCUACAGAGAUCCAAGGUGUAUAAGAUGGCAAAGAAAUAAUGCUGAAGGGCUGACGGCUACGCGCUCACUCUUUGUCCUGAUCCAGAUUGGUGUUAUUUGGUGUAUCUCAGUGGGACCAAGUGUGGUCUUUAUUACCUCUUAAACUUUGUGAAUGAACUUGUCAAUUACAAACUAUGAGAGAGUGUGUGAACGUUAUGGUGGGUGUGUUUAUGAUUCUUUUGUGUUAUUUUCUAAUUUAUGUAAAUACCUUUGUUUGUCUUUGUUAGGAAGCGGUAGGGAGAGGGUGCCAUUUGUUUUGAAUAUAUAAUAUUGCUUAUGUUUAUGGUAGACAGGGAGAUAGGUAAGACUCUGUCAUUUAUUUUUCUUUCUUUUUAGUUAAGGUUAUUUAGAGUUUCUGUGUUUAGCUAGAGGGUUUUUUGUUUGUUAUGUUGGCCUGGCCCUCUCCUGAAGAUUUGCUUCCUCUUGUUAUUAAUAAAUUAAGUUAUUUGCUUAAUUUAGUGUCUGUGCUUUUCUGGAUCAGGGGAUUGAUGUGACCGUCAGACUUUUUAUUUAUUUACAUUUUGUUACGACGUCAUUUAACCCCUAGACUAACAGUGAGGUUCGUAACAAGUGGGGGCUCGUCUUUUUUUUUUUUUUGAGAAGUGAGUUCGUUAAUUUUUCGGAUCGCAAAUUGGAAGUUUUGCUCUGUUUGUCCAAGACUGAAGUCUGUUUGGACGAUCGUGAUUCGAUGGGUCGCGGUUUGUGUAUGGUGAGUUUUUCUCUCUUCCUCUAACGUUUUGACUGUUUUCAUUUGUGGGUGGGGAAGGAGUAAAGAAGGGAAACGUAGAAAUAAUGGAAUUCGAUUUAACAGCGUUUACUCUCAUGCCCACGAUCGAAGUCUUUAAUAAAUGUAGAAAAAAAGAUUUGGUUUUAAUUGCGGAAUUCUUCAAUAUUCAGAUUGAGAGGGAGGCCACUAAACGAGUGCUUAAACAAGAUCUUGAGGAGAAAUUGACAACUGCAGGUAUUUUACCUAGACAAUCUGGUGAUGAGGAUGAGUUGGCAGUGGAUCCUAAAGAGGCAAGUCCAAAUUUUGAUUCUGGGCCUCAGGACCCAAAGAUUGCUUUAAAAUUGAAAGAGAUGGAUCUUUUAAUUAAGACGCAAGAAUGCGAGGCGGAGAUGAUUAGGUUUCGUAUAUUAGAAAAACAGGCGGAAAGAGAUAUUGAGAUCCGUAAAUUGGAUUUGGAAUCUGAGCGGUUGGCCCAAAGGCCAAUUCCAGUUCCACGUAUUCGGGGUAGUUCCAUAUCCUCACCUGUAAAUAGCACUGUAACUGAAGAUUUUUCUAGAUCUACUGCGAGUGAUUCAUUUGACGUUAGUAGGUAUAUUAGACUGGUACCUCCAUUUAGGGAGGCUGAAGUCGAUUCUUACUUUGUUGCAUUUGAGAGAAUUGCUAGUAAACUAAAAUGGCCAAAAGAGAUGUGGGCUUUGUUGUUGCAAUGCAGUCUAACAGGGAAAGCUCAAGAGGUUUGCUCGGCCUUACCUAUUGAAGGUUCCCUUGACUAUGAAACCGUAAAAUCUGCUGUUUUGCGGGCAUAUGAGUUGGUCCCAGAGGCUUAUCGGCAGAAGUUUCGGGGGCAUAUGAAAACAGUCAAACAAACUUUUGUUGAAAUCAUUGGAAAGUUACGAGACAUUCUGCUGCGGCUGGGUGCGCGACUUGGUCAUCUACAAGCCCCCAAACUGUGAAAACACCGUUGUACUGGCAAAGGUCAUGCAUUCAAGGCGGCUCAUCGAGCCUCCUCUCACACCAUGGGUCAUCCUUACACCAUCGGGACAAGUGUGUUCAGCCCACUGCACAUGCAUGGCUGGUGUAGCUGAGUCAUGCACCCAUGUUGGAGCCCUGCUCUUUAUGGUUGAUGCCUGUGUCCGGUUGAAGGAAAAGGCCACAGUCACUGAUGAACCGGCCUACUGGAUCCUGCCAAGCAGCAUCGACAAAGUCCAUCCAGAGGUUGGCCACAGCAUCGACUUAACAUCUGCUGCUGCCACACGCAUGUCUCUAAACAGACGCAUUGAUGGUGAGACCCACACCAGUCCUGCGUUGAGAACACGUGUAGCCAAAACAACAAAAAAAACACCAACACCGGAAGAGCUGGAAACAUUCUACAGGGAUCUCCAUAACACAGGCACAAGAUCAGCCAUUUUGAGUGUGCUGCCAGAAUACUGUGAGGAAUUUCGAGACCCUGUUCUGCCCAUCAGAAGCUUACAGUCUCUGGCAAAUGUUCGUGGCACUAGCCUUGAUAGGAGUGACCUGUCAGCGCUGCAGAAGCACUGCCAGGCCAUAAGAAACAUCGCUGAUGUGUCAGAGGAACAGGCAAUGCAGAUUGAGAGAAGGACGAGGGGACAGCACACCUCUUCACUUUGGUUUGCAGCACGGGCAAGCAGAAUCAUGGCCUCCUCAAUGCACAGUGUCUAUGCAACAGACAUCAGCUCACCAGCUCUCCACCAUAAAGAGGGUUUGUUACCCUACGCGCGGGCCAGGAACAGCCGCCACCAGUUGGGGUAUCAAACAGGAGGAGACAGCGAGGCAGGCAUACACCACCCACACAAAAGAACAGCACAGAAAUCAACAAGUGCAAACUUGUGGGUUUUUUGUCAACCCGGCCUUCCCACAAGUAGGAGCAUCACCAGAUGCCAUUGUGAGUUGCACCUGUUGUGGAAAGGGCUGCAUUGAAAUAAAAUGCUCAGCUAAGUACAAGGACUACAC